GAUGAAAGAUUUCGUAAGCCGUGUGGUGGUAACUGGUAUGUAAGUGGUAAGCCGGGAAUAUCGUCAAGCUUCAGCCUUGCUAUCAGCAGUUUGUUGCAAUCGGCAACUGUCGGCAACGAUUCGCUCGGGAACACGCGGCAGGCGUGACGAUUGCUCGCGAAUGAUCUCGUAUUGCGUUUGCAAAAAGAAGCUUCCGCGGUUAUCCGAGGACGAGGAUCAUGUAUACCGUGUCAAAGGGACCUAGCAAGAUCGUAGCGAAAACACGACGAGGAAUCAGUCAGAAUCUGGAGAGAUUGGAAACUCUUCGCGAUCUGACGAGGAAGAUCGACAUCGAGGAUGAUCACGAGAUCACCCGCGAUAUACCAAAGCCAGUCUUCCAUAUGAAUGGGAAAUCUAAGUUUAUUUCGCAGCGACAUCAAAUGCAAGAAGUUAUCACACCACAGCACAAGGAACUUAUCAAAUUUAUUUACGAAUCAUGGAAUCAAGUUAAUACGCGACAAAGAAGUGAAUGUUCUGAUGGCACAGAAUGUGCAGAAUUUUGCAGUCCUAAGGAUUCAAUAGUAUAUUAUUACAAUGAACCAAACAAUAGUCUUCAAGACUUUAAACCAUUUGAUUUGGAAUCUUGGUGGGGCAAACGAUUGUUUAACAAUAUCACGCAGUCACUCUGAGAUAUUCAAAAAGAGCUAAAAUUAUUUUCCGAGGACUUUUACUACUUUGGAAGUAGUAUAACAGCUCAUUCUACGUAAUUGAUCAAUAUCGCGUCUUAAGCAUGUGAUUUAAAUCUAACCAAAUUUGAAAAUUGGUAAGAUAGUGUUAAAUAUAGAUCUCGGAUCUGUGAGUUCAAUAUAUGUAUCAAGUCCUAUCAAAUUACCGGUUAAAAUAUCACUCAAGUUGUACAUAUAUAUAUAUAUAUAUAUAUAUAUAUAUAUAUACGAUCACAUCACAUAAUAUGAAGCGAUAAAUUAGUAUAUCUGCAAUUUUGUACACGCCGCGCGUACGCAAAAUAUAAAUAACACGAUAGCAAACACCAUUAAUAAUUUAAAUGGUUUCGUAAUUGUUUAUACAUGCAUUUGUUAAUGAAAGUUUCUACACAACAUACUUGAUACUUGUUUAUUGUUCUAUUGUUAGAAUUGCUCAAUUUUAAUAAGGUGCAGAAUCUUGGACUUUUGUUUUUGUACAGAGCUUUGAAAGCCUGCAGCAGAGUUUUACACACAAUUUUUGGUAGACAAUAAAUAUAGUAACGCAAAAUACUAUACAAAGCCAGUUCAAAAGAUUCAGAGUUUUGGUCAAGUUUUACACAUACACAGAAGAAGAGUCAAGGAUACGAUCCAGUAUGUACCAAUGCAUAUACCAAAAUAGAGUUAACAUAAGUACGAGUAAAGACCCAAAGCUGUGCGGUAUGAAUCCUGCGUGAGAUGAUGACUUUAAUUCUAGAUAUAUACAUAUGUAUAUUGCAUGCCAUGAUCGCGUGAAUGCAUGACAUAAUGUUGCGGGUACUUGUUACAACGAUUGUGUUUGACUUUUACAUAAGCCAAGAUUUAGUAUAAAUUUGUAGACUGAUAAUAUGUAAGAAAAAUCGUCAUAUUAUAUUGUUACUUGUCGAGUUCAACUCGCAAUCGGUGAUGCAAUCUGUUGCAGAGCUCGCUCGUUGAAUUGUUAUAUUAUGGCAAGAUAAAUUGUUUCUUUCUCUUAUUACGUAUCUGUUGGACUAUUGCAAUGAGUCUCCGAUGUCUCCGAUUAGCGACAAUUUAAAUGCCACAAUAUUACGCGCCUGACAAAGCGCAGUUCGCGAGAGUAGUCGUCACGUAGUGCAAUAAAAUUCAGCCAUGUGCAGUUGAAUUUUAUACAAUGAUGAAUAAAUACCUCUUUAUACAUACAGCAAUA